AUUAUUAAUGCAACAAGCUUUCAGCUAAGAAAAGAUAUGUUGUUAUGAAAUCCUAACAGUCGACUAGGUUUUAAGAUAUCAUAAUGGAUAGAGAUGAAGUUAAUCCAACUACAGAGAACGAAGACGAUGAUCAUCCAGAUGAUAAUGAGGAAAUGGAUCCUAGAGUUCAAGCCGAAUUAGAAUGUAUGAAUGACACUGCUACGGAAAUAAACAAAUUGGAGAACGUAUUGGAGGUUUCUAGAAGGAAUUUUCGCAUUCAAAUGAAGGAAUCAACAGAAACUAUGAAUGCUAUGUACAGAAAACUAAAGAGCGCAGUCAACAAGGCUAGACCCUAUUACGAGGCUGUUAGAGAGGCUAAAAAGGCUCAUUCACAAGCUCAAACAGCUGCGAAGGAAUACCAAAUGGCAAUAGAUCGUUAUAGAGCCGCUAAGGAAACUGUUUGUAUUGCUGAAAAAAGGUUAAAAAUUGAAAUGGAGGAAAAUCCUGGAGAGGAUAAAAGGAUAUUAGAUCCAGCUUGGCAAGAAAUGAUGAAUCAUGCUACGAUUAAGUUUAUGGAUGCUGAAAAUAGUAAAACACAAUUGGAAGAAAUUCAUAAAGUUAAAGCCGUAGAAUAUUCCGGAACGCAGCAACGAGUAAGAGAAUUGGAAAGGAAAAUGCCUUUGAGUAUUGGGAAAGCUAAACCUUAUUUUGAUACUAAGGAAAAGCUAGAACAUAUAUUAGAGCAACAGAAAAGUGAAAUAGAAUUAAAUCAGAAAGAAAUCAUUGAAGCCAAACAACAGUAUUCAAAUUGUUUGAUGCGACUAGAAAAAAUAUCUGACGAUAUCAGAAGAAAGAGAAAUAUAAAAAAUAUUUUACCACCAAGAACGCCCGGUGUUGGUGCAGAGGUGGAUAAAUUAUCAGAUCUUGCCUCCAUUAAUUUAGAUGAUCAUCCCGAUGAUGCUUCAGUUUAUUCAACAGAUCUCUUAUCCGAUACGGAAUCUAUUUGUAGUGAUACAGCGGAAUAUUUUCGACAUAGAACUAAUCCUAGUCUUUUUGAAUUUACCUCCUCAAAGUCCGAAGACAACACUGAAGUAGAAAGAGGAAGAGAUUGUAAAAGAAAUCGCGAUAUACAUUCUGCUCCCACUUCCAAUAUUCAUAGUCCAGAGGAUGAAAAGGGCAGAAGGAGACCUAGAGUAGCUGGACGAAGCUCUUCUAGAAAGAGUCUUAAAAUUGAAAGAGUGAGAGACAAUCAUCCAUUAGCCCUAGGCGAAAAGAUUGAAAAUGUGGAAUCUGUUACCGUAAGAGUAAGAGAUGGAGAAAAAACUAUAACAAAAACAUACGCUCUCACCGAAGUAAAAGACGUUCAAGACAUAAGUGUUAAAAAAGAAAAGAAAAAAUUAUCACAAGGUGUUCUACUUGCAGUUGGACAAUUAUCCCCUCCAAAUAUUUAA